CGGACUGAAAUCUUUGAGAGAGAUUAUUUUCCCUGUAUGGGAAAGUUGUAAAUAGUUUUCAAUAAAAUUUCUUCGUGCGCUAGCACUGAAAGGAUAGCAUCAAAUGAAAAGUGAAUAAGUUUAGCUAGUGAGUGACGACAGUGAUGGAAAACCAUAAAGUGUGUGCCUGUUAAAACAAAAAGCUAUCAUCGCAUACUUAUCCCAACGCCAUUUUGAGGCGAAAUUUUAUAGCGAGAGCGGAGAAUGGCCCGAGGCGGCGGGAUCAUUCUAAAUAACUGACGGACAACGCCGGCCCGCAGCUGGCUCAAGCAGGAAAAAUGCCACGUCCUGGCAGCCUCAAGGAUCCUGACAUUGCUGAGUUGUUCAGUAAACAUGAUCCUGAAAAAAUAUUUGAGGACCUCCGUGAAAUUGGCCAUGGGUCCUUUGGGGCGGUAUACUAUGCCCGCUGCAAUCUCACCAAAGAGAUUGUGGCGAUUAAGAAGAUGUCCUACCUGGGGAAGCAAAGUGAAGAGAAGUGGCAGGAUAUCUUGAAGGAGAUAAAGUUCCUGAAGCAGUUGGAUCAUCCUAACACUAUAGAAUAUAAGGGGUGUUAUAAAAGGGAGCAUACAGCAUGGCUUGUUAUGGAGUACUGUGUAGGGUCUGCUUCCGAUAUAAUUGAGGUUCACAAACGCCCGCUACGCGAAGAAGAAAUCGCCGCGAUAUGUGAAGGAGUUGUUUGCGGUCUGUCAUAUUUGCACAGUCUUGGGAGGAUUCACCGCGACAUAAAAGCUGGAAAUAUUCUGCUUACGGAGCUCGGUACAGUAAAAUUGGCAGACUUCGGCAGUGCCAGCAUAAAAUGUCCCGCCAACAGUUUCGUCGGUACGCCAUACUGGAUGGCGCCUGAAGUUAUCCUUGCCAUGGAUGAAGGACAAUAUGAUGGGAAGGUGGAUGUAUGGUCUCUCGGCAUUACGUGUAUCGAACUGGCAGAAAGGAAGCCUCCGUACUUCAAUAUGAAUGCUAUGUCUGCUCUCUACCACAUCGCUCAAAACGAUUCGCCUACUUUACAAGCUCCGGAAUGGACGGACACAUUUCGAUAUUUUGUUGAAGCGUGCCUGCAAAAGAACCCCCAGGACCGUCCGUCGUCUACGAAGCUUCUAUCUCAUCCAUACAUCACACGGCCUCGAUCAAUCAACGUCCUUGUUGAUCUAAUACAGAGGACCAAGGCUGCUGUAAGGGAUCUAGACAACUUGAAUUAUAGGAAAAUGAAGAAAAUUCUUAUGGUUGAUGGGGACAAUGAGAGUGCUAUUGGUGACAGCGAAGAAACCGCUGAAGAACGGUCUGGCGGAGACAGCUCCAAGUCAAACUCCGCUACAUCAGAACACAGCGCAGCCGGCGCCUCCAGCCAGAGUUCGUCUUCCGGCAGUCUACGAAGACGGCCACAUCCUCUAAACGCAAACCAGCAACAGGCGCAAUACCAGCAAUACAACCACCAACCCGCCCACUCUGCCAGAGCCCGCAAGCGUUCGCUUUUCUCAUGUUGCUGUUUGAUACGCAGAGAGAGCGAGAGCCCUAUACCCGGAUCUCACGACGACUACGUCAACAGGGAGGUGCUGCGCGAUUACGCGAACAGAGACUCCCUUUGCGACGACUACGGCGAGGAUUACGCGAACAGGGAAGCAAUACGUGAAGCGCAAAGAGAGAGGGAGAGGGCGAGACAGGCCAAUGAGUAUAGAGAGUACGUGAACGCGCCGUCGACGUGGCAGCAAGACAGCGGUGACGAUAACAGGAAUACGCAACGUAGACAGACGCAUAGGGGCGUUAGCAAUAACGUGUCUGCCGCGAUAUCGCUCGUAUCGGAGCACGGAGCGAACAACUUUGCAACAAUACGAACAACCAGUAUCGUUACAAAACAACAGAAGGAACAUAAUCAGGAAAUGCACGAACAGAUGUCCGGGUACAAGCGCAUGCGGCGCGAACACCAAGCUGCGCUGGUCAAAUUGGAGGAGCGCUGCAAGGCGGACGUCGAGGCGCACAAGGCGCAACUCGACCGCGAAUACGAGUCGCUGUUGCAGCAGUUGUCGCGCGAGUUGGAGCGACUGCAGACAAAACAUGCGCAAGAGCUGGAAAGGAAGCAGAAGCAAAACACAGCUGCCGAGAAGAAGCUCACCAAAGACAUCACGGUGCGUCAGGAGCAGGACAGGAAAGCGUUCGAAGCGCAACGCAAGCGCGAGUACAAGGCAAAUAAGGAGAGGUGGAAAAAGGAGCUCAGUAUGGACGACGCCACGCCCAAGAGGCAAAGGGAUGCCACGUUACAGUCUCAAAAAGAUAAUCUGAAACAGGCGGAGGCGCAAGAGGAAACGCGACUGCUGCGAGCGCAACACGAAUACUUGCAGUUGGAGCUGCGUCGCUUCAAACGACGUCGCAUGUUGGCUCAGCACCACAAGGAACAAGAGCUUCUGCGAGAGGAGCUCAACAAGCGGCAGCAGCAGUUAGAACAAGCGCACACGAUGCUGUUGCGUCACCACGAGAAGACGCAGGAGCUUGAGUACCGGCAACAGAAGGGUGUGCACGCGCUGAGGGAGGAGCAGUUGUCGAAUCAACACGCAACGGAGCUUGCCAAUCAGCGCGAAUACAUGCAGCGCGCGGAACACGAAUUGCGCAAGAAACAUGCCUUGCAAUUAAAACAACAACCUAAAAGUCUCAAGCAAAAAGAGAUGCAGAUCCGCAAGCAAUUCCGAGAAACGUGCAAAAUACAGACUCGCCAGUACAAAGCACUCAAAGCGCAGAUAUUACAGAUGACUCCUAAGGAGCAACAGAAAGAAGUGAUAAAAUCGUUGAAGGAUGAGAAACGUCGUAAGCUGGUACUCCUCGGCGAACAAUAUGACCAGAGUAUAAGUGAGAUGCUCCAGAAACAGACGGUGCGACUCGAUGAGAGUCAGAUGAUGGAGUGCCAGCAGCUUAAAAUGCAGUUAGACCACGAGUUGGAUAUGCUGACGGCCUACCAGAGCAAGAGUAAGAUGCAGGCGGAAGCGCAGCGGGACCGCGAGCGACGCGAGCUUGAGGACCGCGUCGCCGUACGUCGAGCGCUUCUCAAAGCUAAGAUGGAGUCUGAGUGCGCGCAGUUCGAUGCGGAGCGGGCGGAGCGCACACGCAUGUUGCUCGAGAGGCACGAGCGCGAACUCGAGCAGUUCGACAACGAGAGCACAAAUCUCGGCUUCAGUCCAAUUGCGAUCGCGGAAGGCAGUCGAGACGGCUACGGCGAAGAGGAACAGUCUCUUUCCGGCUCGAUGCUGUCGCUCGCGCAUAGCAACUCGUCCGCGAGCUUCCCCGCCGGCUCGCUCUAACCGCACGCCACCCCGCCAACACACACACACUCCCACACUUUCACACACCGUCACAACUCAGAAUACACAUUACACACACAAUCGCGCAAUAUCCCGUACACUCGUCGCAUGCAAACAGAAGUGUCACAACUCAAAAAACACGAUAGUUAAUCUUUCAUAUAAAUAUGCUUCAACAUUACAAAUUUAAUAAUCAAUACCAUUUAUGAUUAUAUAAAUGCAAACCCUACAUAUAGUGGGAAAAUCUGCGUCAAAAUUUUAGCAAGCGCUUUUUUAAUAUCGGAGAUUUUUUUGAGUUGUGUCGGUUUUAUAAUAAUUCCGUGUUCUCUGUAUGUGAUGUCGUCGCUUGGUAAAAAAAUACUGGUUUGAAUAUGAAGAGAGAUCUGGUUAUAUUAAUGUAGAGUCUGGUCCUAAAAGUACUUGCCUAAGAAAGUGCUGGCAAAUUAUGUGUAUAUUUGUAAUACAUUUAAAAUACUUUUCUAAUAACACAAUCGCGAUUGACACUUCAGGACGAUUUUGUACGGCCCCUCCAUUCAUAUACAAAUAUGAUUACGUCUACAUGUCAAUACGAGAAGGUGAAUAACAGUCACUUUUUAGACCUCACUGUAUAAUAAACUUAAGUUAUAUUUUGAUAUAAGACAAGGUUCUGAAAUUUACAUUCCAAUUAUAUACUACUUAAUCGAUUUUGGUACUUUAAAUAUAUGGAGUUGGAGCCUUGUUGAUCUGAACUCUGCUAAUUGGGAUGCGGUAUUCGCAAACACGUUUUAUCACUAUGACGUCUCACAAUACUUUUGAACGAAUACCAAUCGCAUUAUUGAUAGGUGACAUAUUGCAAUAGCCUGGUGGAAAGAAACCCUUCCCACAGAAUAUAAUUAGAAAACUGAGCCUUCAGCACUAUUUCACACCGCCACCAGCGCACAUGUUUCUUUACCAGGAUUACGAGCAAUGUUACUAAAUACUACACCGAACAGAUCUGAAUUAGCUGGACAAUGACAACGUUUAGUGUAUGCUUAGGGCUGCUUAAGUCGCUGCUGGCACCGUUUGCUUUUAAAAUGUUCGUAAGAGGAGAAAAUAUUGAAACUCAUACGAAAAGAUUAAAACAAACUGUGGAUAGUCAUUUUUAUAAGCGCUAUACUAAUCUGCCGAAGCCGGUUUGUUUUCGUUGUUAGUGCAGAAUUAAACACUUCUUACUCCGUGCGUUCGAAUGAACUGUGAGAAGUCAUAGUAAGGUUUAUGCAUACGAUUGUUACAAUGCUAAGCGACGACAGAACAACCUCUUUCAUGUUUUCAACGCUGUCGCUAUAAGUUUGGUUUAUAUCAUCGAAAUGCAUUAUUCUUAAUUUAAAAAAAAAAUUCCUCCUGAUCAUAACAAAAAAUCGCCCAUUAUAAGCACAUAAAGGAAAAUCAGAAUAGCCAUUUCGAUUUUUUGUUUCGUUUAAACUCAUCAAUCACAUCAAAGACGUAAAUCUUGAUACCGAUAUUCGUUAAUUGUGGCCUAAUAUAUUCACUGCUCAAAUAUUUAAGAAAAUUACAGAUUAGCUGUAUUAAUUGUAACUAAUAGUGAGAAAAGUUUUGCUAAUCCGUUGUACACAAAUGCUAAAGUGACAAAUCGAAAAGGUCUAAAAUACGAACGUGAUAGAUUUUAGCAUAGCCAAACACUGAAAAAAACGUUAAACAUACGGUGUCAUCUCUUGUUAAACUACUGGCAUGGUAGGAAAAAGGUUUUUGUACUCGCGAACUAGGUAGUCCAAUACGAAGUAGGAACAUGGCGAAUUAGGCAGGUAAUAAAUGCCAACUUCAUCACUAAGAUCAUUUUUUGAGCAGCCUUAGUGUUCAGAUUGAACCUUGGGCUGUUUUGUUUUUAUUAAACAAAUGGCGGCAUUAGGCCUUGUACUGUGGCCUAAUUAUACGUUUGUGUUGAUUUGCCAUUUGUCUAUUCCGUAAUUUGCAUUUUAAAAAUGUGCCAUCAAGGUGCCGUGCAGUGUGAUUUUCUACCUACGAUUACUUAAUCGAUCACGUGAAAGUUAACUACGAAUCAAAGAGCGCUAUCUAGCGACAGUACUGUUUCUCGUAAUGUAACUAACUAGAUGGCGCUUUAAAACGAAAUUUUUGAAACCCCAUUUUUCUUAAAUCUGAUUGGUUGAACAGUGUUUAGAAGUUCUGUACAUUGAAAACACGUGUUGUACCGAUCAAUAAAUUUAGUAUUUUUGUACAACCGAAUAAGUUGUAUUUAUUGCAAUAACUUUGAGCGACAGUGUAUCAUCUCAUCAUUUUUAUAUCCCAUUUUGACUACUGAGACUGUACAGCCCUCCCGUAUUAUGUGUUCACAUUACAUACGUCAGAAACGCGCAAUAAAACAUUCUUAACAAUAAGUAUUAUCAUCCGAAUUAACUCUUACCACAAAGGGGAAAAGACAGGCUUGUUUCUAUUAUGCCAGAAUCCUAAAAAUGUACAGUUGCCAUCACGAAAGUUCAAACUUGGCGUCACGUGUGUUUGUAGUUCAAAAUAUAAUUAUUAGGCCAUAUGUUGGCGGAUUUAGACAAGAUGAGAAGUUGGUCAUACGUUUGAGGAGCGCGUCUGUUUGUUUAGGUGACACUAGUCUCGUGCCAACUUUCGUGACAGCAACUACCUUAGCGUAUUGUGAAUAUUUAAAUUGUUAUCGCGUAUUUUAUACUGUAGUUUCGAAAACUUGCUAUAUUGUAUUUAAUUCUUUUUUUUCGUUUAAUGUUUUUGUUAAGUCUUCCAAGAAAUACUUUCAGUAUUUGAUUUAGCCAAUAAAUAGGGUCCGGGAGGGCGCUUCCUAUAUUAUAUUACAAUAUUAAGUUUGUAAGCACUUCAUAAUAAUAAAUUCAGUAAAUGAAUGCGUGUGGUUUGAUGAACAUUUGUUACAGUGAGCAUUUCAGUGUAGGAUAAUUUUAACAUGUUAACAGACAAAUAGAAUUCCAAAUCUUUGUGUGUGACAUAUAGGCAAAAAUAUAUUUAGCUUUAGUUCAUCAAUUUAAAUGGAAGUUAUCUUAUGUUGCCUAUAUGACAUGUAUAUACACUGAAUGGAAUAUUAGGGCAGGCGCCAAAUGGAGUUGAUUAUGCAAUAUAUAAGGACCUGAAACUGCCUAUAUUAUGGAAAGUCCUCAACGGGAGCAUUCGCAUUUUUUCUUUCUCUUAAAAUUACAAGCACAUACUAUAUUAUAUAUUCGCUAUAUUCACAUUCAAGCACAUAUUAUAUUAUAUAUUCGCAAGUUUAGGAGCAUUUGGUCGUAAACUUGUACGUAAUAACAAAUAAUUGAAGGUGCGCGAAAGGAUGUCUUGUUUGCGAAGAGAACAGUAAAAACACUCGCGCAAACGACUACUGUCGCAGAAAAAUAUCUUAGUCCAUUACUCUAGCGCAUCGUAUCACCUGUUAUACCCUUUCUAACAUUUGUAAUUGAGUAUCUAAAUUAUGUAACAUAAAGUAAAAUGUACCUACUAAUGCUACUCGUUUUAGUUUCAAAUUCUGUAUACCGAAUUAUAUUUUACUAGUUACUAGUUCCGUCGAGAGCGCUGUCUGUAGAAGUGUUAACGAAAUUGAGCUUUAAAACAAAGUUUUAAACUUGUUUUUCAUUCUGAAUCGUGUUAUGCUACUGAAAAGAAUUGCAAAUAUGGAUAUAUUGGAUUGAUAUAAUGCGAACAUAUCAAUCUAAUAUAAUUUAUGCUUAAGAGAUGCUAGGGAUUCCAUAAGAAAUCGCAUUUACCUAAAUAAUAGCAAAUAUAGGUAUUUUCUAAAUGUUUAUCACAUUUCAUCGUGUCCAACAAAGAAUAUUCGAAGCUCAUCAAGAACUUCGUUCUUCCAAAUCUGCAGUAAUAUGUUUACAAUAAGAUAAUUUUCCUGAGUUUGUAUAAAUUUUAAAAAUGAGGCCCCCACAUUUUGCACACUCAACUCCAAUCAACGAGCUCCCGGUCUAAAUAGUGUUUUAGAAACACACCCUUGUACAAAUGGAAGAUGUUUGUAUGGUAAAAAAAAAUGACUCGCGGUAUGUGCCGAAAGAGCGAUGAUGUAAAUGAUGUGAGCACGAGACGCUUUUAUUAGAUAUUUUACUCAAAUACUUAACUCCAUUGAUUUAUCUGUUUGUACGUAUUUUGUACUUGACUAUUAUCUACAAAGUAAUUUAAUGUAGAUAGGCGAAUGAUAAUUUUAUCUGUCAAAUCGAUUUGUUUGAAAUGGUCAAACAUAAAUAUUGAUAAUUUUAUGCACCACAAACAUAAAAUUAGCAAUCUAAUUUUCUUGUCGUUAACAUUAUUAUAUUCAUUUAUUAUUAAUCUAAACUAUAAAUAUUUGUGCAUCGGUCUUUAUUACCAACUUAUUUCACUUUUGCAAGAUAGUUAACGAAUGCCUGGCGUCAGUUGAUAAUAAAUCAAUUUUAGAAUUAAUGUUUGACCAUUUAAAAUCAUUUUUUUCAGUGAAAAUUUGUUGAUUUUGUAUACCGUUGUAAAAUGUUCGGAAACGGUAGGCCGUCCAACAAAACACUGUAAAUGCUAACGGUUAAAUCGAUGGAGUAAAGAUUGUAGGAGGCAUGAUUUAAACUAUAAUUCUAGUACUGUCGAUCUACUCUUGUAUAAUAUGUAGUCUAUCGUAAGUUUCUAUAGUGGUUUUAGCCAAUUUUUCAUCUUGAUCCCCGAUCAAAUAAUUCAAGAUCGAAAAAUGACCGAAAGUACCAUUCAAACGCGUCACAUGAUGUUCUAAGGUAAACUUUUCAGUUUUAUCAACGAUCCUUCAAAGUGCGGAUUAGGUGAAACCUCGUUGUAGCUGCUCUUUGCUAAUUUCCUUUUAUAUUCAAAUAUACAUAAGCUAAGGUUUAAUUUGCCUCAUAAUAUCGCUAUUAUUAAUUACCCUUGAUUUAAAAAAAAUCUACAUUAAACUAAAACUGACAUAAUAUAAAGACAUGUUUUUAUUUCCUACUUGCACUAAAUAUGGUUUUGAAGAAUCGUAUAUUGGUACAGAUUCCAAAGAAAUAAACUUCUACUUCUGUAAAACAUAACAAGUACAAGUUUAUUUCUACGGAAAUAUCGGAUUUUAAUUGCAAUUUUACUGUUAGUCAUUUUUUUUUUCCUAUUAUUAACUGAAUAAAAAAAUUGCCGCCACGGUUCGCCGUUGUGAAACUUCAACUUAUUACGGCAUAAAAAGCGUCAUGGGUAGAAUUUGCUGCUAAGGCACGCCAAAAAAAAGAGUAUAAGAAUUCAUAUCGAAUUUCAAGAUUAUAUUGCGCGUUAAUUGACUCACUCACUUGUUAUGUUCCAGUCUGAAGUGCGUGUUAGCCGGUGUAAUUAAGGGCACAUGAGGCUUAACACCUGCCAUGCCGGCCGGCCAUCAGCUUGGUUCGUUUUUUUGUAUCUUCUAAAAGGAAAUUAGCAUAGCAAAGGUAACGAGACAAAUUAUCUUAGGGCCUUAUAGGCGGUUGGUGUAAAGGCAUAAAUUGCGAGCGCAGUCGCCAACGCCGCGCCCGCGCUCCUCACACGCUUUUUUUAUCGGACAAAAGUAUAUUUUUAUUUAUAAUAUUAGAUAGUCAAAAUUAUUAUAUUCAUAUCAUUAGUUUAUAAUUUAGGCGCCAUUUUUUGCAUAUAUUUGUUUGUUAAAAAGUUUAACGAGCGGACUAAUCUUGUUUGUUUUGGCCUAGAGUUUAUUUUAGAUAUUGGGAGAAUUAUACCAACGCAAAGUGUAUUAUGCUUGCGCUAGAUGAUCAUUAAAUUAGAUUUUAAAUAUAUUACAUGCUUUAUAGAAUCAAAAACAUGCAGGUGCUGUGUAUUGAAUAUUAUAUAACUGACUGCCAAUUAUGUUUUGUAAAUAUUAUGAUAAAAUAUGUAUGUAUAUUUAAUAUAACGAGCACACGAUUUGCCUUAACGGUGGAGGGACGCGCGCGGCUCGGCGUUUUGUAUAUAAAACAAUAAUAUAUAAUUAACAGCUAUUCAUAGUUGAGUACUUUGUAAGGUGCGAGUGGGGUCAUGCGCCCCGCAGUACAAAGUGCGUGCUAUUUUUCUUUAUUUAGUAUUCUAAUACAUGAUUGUAUUGUCAACUAAGCUUACCAGUCAUAUAUGUAUAGACGAAUACAUAUUAUUUAAUUUAACGCUGAUUUAGUCAUAAUUAUCCAAAUUUAGUUAAUUAUUUUAUUAUUUUGUAUUUCAAUUUUCUUUACUAUAUCACAUUGUUUGUAAGCAUCACGCGAUGUGAUCGUUUAUAUUAUUCGAGUCUGUUAGUGGUUCAUUGUUUAGAUAUUUCAAUGUUCGGGAGAUUAGCGUAACAUAGGAGUUAAAAAAACAGUAUAUCAAAUGUUGGGCAAGUAUUAUUUACUGUUUGACAAUAACGUCGAUACACAGUGACAUUUGACUAUUCUAAAGAACAAUUUACUUAUUUUACCCUAUUUCUUCUAGAAGUAUAUUAUGAUGUAGCUUUGUGUAUCGAUGUAUAGAAAAGUAACUACAACACAGUCCUCCUCACGAACUGACCAAAUCAAUGACAAUAAUCUCUAGACAAAGCCUAACUAGACGCUUUGUCGUCUCGUUUCCAUACUGUUUGUUGAAAAGACCACAAUAUAAAGUGCAGCGGUGGUCAUAACUAUGCUCUCUUCCAGCCAAUGCGAGCAGAGGGUUGCGAUGGCUUAAGAAACGUAAAAAUAGUAAAGAAAAACUUGAGUUUACAUUAGUUUCAUUGGAUAUUAAUUUACCCACAAUAAUACCAAUAGAUUCAAGAAAAUACAAGCAACAAAAACUAAUCUAAAUAAAAAUGCUCGUAAACUGAAUCAAAUAACCAGUAACCCUGUAAAAUGGUGAACAUAGUAAAAUUUUUGCACUCAGUUUAUAUCAGCAAAAAAUUAUAAUGUUUCCAAUAUUAAAAUUUUAUUGCACAUGCAAUUCUUAAAUCUAUACUAACUUGAAAUCACUAGAAAGGCUCUUGUAUCUUGUUUUGAGAAACGUGUAAUGUCACAACGAAAGAGCAGAAAAAUACAUGACUUGUUGGUAAUAUUUGUAAACAUAGCUGUAUAAGUCCAGUGAUAUAUUUAAUGAAUAAGACAAUUUUGUAUACAAACGGGAAAUUAGGUGUUCAGUAUAACCACCGUUGUACACUACAGAGGUCGUAGCAAUAUCUGGUAAUGAAGCACUAUGGAAUUGAUUUGUAAGCUGUAACUUUGCUUGAGUGCAGUAGAUGGUUGGUACUUAAGGUUAGACGCGUAGCUGUCGCAGUGUUAGUGCCUCUUCUACCGACGCCGUGCAGGGACUUGCUAGCAAUAAAAUACACAGCUAAAUACAAUUAUUAUUGAAUAGGAUAUUAUCACAAUUAUCGUACAAAUGACUGCAGUCUGCACCGGCGAGGAGUACGAGCGUAGAGCGUAGGUGCAUCGGUUCCCCCUCCCAACCUCCCACCACUUGCUAGUUAGACUAAGAAUGUUAUCACCCAUAAUGUCCAGAGAGACAUUAUUUUAAUACUAUAGAAGUACCAAACUCGUAGUUAGCGAUCACGUAUUAUGUACAUUGUAACUAUUUUUUUUUAUUAUUUUACCAUUGUAUAGUCAUCUAUCAAGGACGGUAGUUAGCAAUAUUUCGCGCGAGGUGCGACAAGGUGCGAUGCGGCCGCGGAGCGCGAGAGUAGCCUCUCGCGUUUUUGUCCGUGGCUUUUCUGCACGCACCGUUGUUGUUUUCUUUUUAUUUUUUGUUAUAUAUUUAAAUAACACAAUCGACU